AUGUUGGAAUCACCUAUCACAAAACCGCUGAACGUGCUACCGGCAUACCGUACUCAAGUCUCGCCACUUGAGACGGUCACCAAGAACGAAAAGCACCAUGACCAGAAACCAGAACAAGAACCGAGAACAAUCGACGAGCUUGUCCGGCAACGGGCAGCUUUGGGAUCUUCACAGCCUGUGAUUUCUUAUCCUGAAACAGGCACGGACUAUGUUGAUUACCCUCUCCGUCAACUGGAUAUCUUCGCUUUCCGAGUCGCCAAGGUGUUAGCUGCACGCAUUCCCCCUCGGUCAUCUUCAUCAGAAACUCCGGCUGUCAUUUCGUUGCUGGGGCCUUCCAAUCUUGACUAUCUCGUCAUGCUACUGGCACUGGCUAAAUUAGGACAUACCGGCCUCUUGCUAUCAACACGACUGUCCAAUGAAGCCUACGUUUCACUACUGGAGAGGACGAAUUCGCAUCACCUAUUCAUCCAUAGUUCCUUCGAAGACACCGCAGCGGAGCUUCAGAAAUUGGUUCCGGGCCUGCAAGCCGCCGAAAUUCCGACUGAGGAGAACUACAAUUACCCUAUCCCGACUGGCACUGACAUUGACACCAAUCUCGUGCCCCAGCUUGAUCCAGCCAAGGAGCUCGGAUACCUCUCGUGGAUUAUCCAUUCCAGUGGCUCGACUGGGCUCCCCAAGCCAAUCUUUCAAACCAACGGGGCCGCCAUCAAAAACUAUGCUUCCAACAUGAACAUGAACGGCUUCAUUACCCUGCCUCUGUAUCACAAUCAUGGAAUCAGUGUUCUCUUCCGGACUAUCUACUCGAACAAAAGACUGUACCUUUAUAGUGCAAAGUCGCCACUCACUCGGCAGAAUCUGCUCGAUAUCAUGAAAUCACGCGAGCUGGAGAUUUUCUACGGCGUUCCCUACGCCUUGAAAUUGCUUGCGGAAACCGAGGAGGGACUCUCGGUUCUCUCGAAAUUCAAAGCUGUUAUGUUCGGGGGAUCGGCAUGUCCAGACUCUCUCGGGAAUUUGCUUGUGGAAAAUAACGUUAAGCUGAUCAGUCACUAUGGAUCGACUGAAACGGGCCAACUGAUGAGCUCAAUUCGCCCAACCGGGGACAAGGAAUGGGACUAUUUGAGACCUGAUGGGCUUGUCAAACAGUAUCUGCGGUUUGAGGAACGCUUCCCUGGAGUCUUCGAACUGGUCUGUCUCGAUGGCUGGCCGUCCAAGGUCACGUCCAACAGACCGGACGGCUCUUAUGCGACGAAGGACUUGUUCAUCAAGCACCCCACACUCGAGGCUUACAAAUACUAUGCCCGGUUAGACGACACCAUUCCUCUGGUCAAUGGGGAGAAGGUCAACCCUCUGGAUCUAGAAGGUCGAGCCCGGCAGCAUCAUGCAGUGGCUGAAGCUAUCGUGUUUGGAUCUGGUAAAGCGAGCAUCGGUCUAGCGGUUGUGCGAGCUCCUGGGACCGAUUCUCUUUCCGACGAUGAGCUCAUCAACGACAUUUGGCCCAGUGUCGAGAAAGCACAUGAGGCAAUGCCGGCCUACGGCCAGCUUUCAAGAAACAUGGUUCGGGUUCUGCCAGCUGACAUCCAGUAUUCUCGCACCGACAAAGGAACCUUCAUUCGCCAGGCCUUCUACAGAGACUUCAGUCAACUGAUUGAAGAGGCGUAUGAAGCCGAGGAUGCUAUGACUGGAUCAUUGGUUCUAUCCGAGCCGGAACUGAAGGCGUUUAUCAGAGAGCAGAUUCUCCAGCUUCUUCCUCUAAAAGACCCAAGCGCCUUGACUGAUGAUGCUGACUUCUUUGCCCUUGGCAUGGAUUCUUUGCAGUCUUCACGAUUACGGUCCGUUCUGGUAAGAACAAUCAAUACAAAUGGACAUAAGGUUGGAAUGAAUGUUGCCUUUGAGCAACCUAGUAUCGGCCUACUAGCUCGUCAUCUCACAGACCUCAGCUCUGGCACCACAAAUGGCGUGGAGUCUGUGGAGGACCAAAUGGCAGGCUUGAUAUCUCAAUACAGCCAUUUCCAUACUCACACACCCUAUCCAAAUGGGCUCAGUGGGAAAUACAUUGUUGUGACUGGAACAACUGGUUCUCUUGGAAGUCAUGCCAUUGCCAAGCUUGCAGCCCAGGAGAAUGUCAGCAAGAUUUACUGCCUUAUCCGCGCCAAUUCCCCUAUUGAGGCUUACGGUCGAUUGCUCAAAUCUAUGAAUGCUCGGAAGGUCUUUUCUGGUCUUUCCGACAUCGCCAAAAGCAAGCUUGUUGCCCUUCCAUCCGACCUCUCCCACCCGAUGCUGAGGCUGGACUCAACCAUAUACAACACUCUCACCUCCGAAAUUACCGAUGUGAUCCACUGCGCCUGGUCUGUCAACUUCAAUUUGCACCUCCGUAGCUUCGUGAAAGAUAACUUCGGCGGUCUUCAAAAUCUCAUCAAUCUCUGCCUCAAAGCCCAACGACCAACUCCCGCAUCCUUCAACUUCUGUUCAUCCGUCAGCUCCGUCGUGAACACGGAAGGAAACGAGAUCCCCGAAGCCCUCCCCGCGAAGCUCAGCUACGCCCAAAACAUGGGCUACGCACAAUCCAAACUCGUCGCCGAACACCUGUGCAUCCAAGCCGCUCAACAAACCGGCAUCUGCGCACGAGUCCUUCGAAUCGGCCAGGUCAUCGGUGACCAGGACCACGGCAUCUGGAACGCCACCGAGGCCAUCCCUCUCAUGCUCCAAACCGCCACGACCAUCGGAGCGCUCCCGAAACUCGACGAGUCGCCGCUCUGGUUGCCUGUCGAUGUCGUCGCGGGCACUGUCAUCGACCUCUCCCUCUCCGAUCGAACCUUGUUCUCCCCCUCUACCCUUACCACCGACCUUGUCUUCAACAUCGUCAGCCACCACCCUUUCCAUUGGACCCGGGACCUCCUACCGUAUCUUCACCGCGUGGGUCUGAACUUCGAAGAGCUCGAUCAGCGCGAGUGGCUCCAGCGAUUGAGGUCGUCGAACUCGGACCCCGUCGCCAACCCUCCGAUCAAAUUAGUCGAUUUCUUCGCCAGUAAAUAUGAUACUGAGAAGCCUCGGCGGUCGUUGCAAUACCACACUGACCGGGCACGACAGGUCUCGGUAUCUUUGGCGGAUGCGAAACCAUUGGAUGAGGAGUUGGUGGGUAAGAUGGUUGGUUAUUUCAAGAAAGAGUGUUGGACGGUUAAGGAAUGA